UAUCCCUAGUUUCGUUUCCCACUGAUAUAAAGUUGGUCGAAAUGCAAGUGGGGAUCUGAGAGGAGAGGUGCGGCGAUGGCUUUUGCAGUUACGCCCAAGAUAAUAACGGUGUCAUUCGAUAAGCAAAACCAAAGGAGGAGUUUCGAAGGAUUGUUUGGGAAAAGGUAUCGGGUGAGGGUGAAGCGAAGUCAAGAUCAUUCAGUGAAGUGUGGUAUUGAGCGAAGCAGCAGCGAUGGAAAGAAAGGGGGCGGAGGAGGAGGCGUGUCAAAUUCGAACUACGUGGUGCCGCUGGACAACAUGGCGAACUCAUCCUGCAUAACACGUCCUUUAGCCGAGAUACUCAGGGACCUCAAUAAAAGAAUCCCGGAUACUAUCGUCAAACAUGAUCGCUUCAUCCCCUGGUAUCAUGCCAACAGGAUGCUCAGCUUCUACGCCCCAGGUUGGUGUGGCGAGAUACGUGAUGUCAUUUUCUCCGACAAUGGCUCCGUAACUGUCGUAUACCGUCUUACUGUACGGGGAUCUGAUGGAGAGGCAUAUCGUGAGUCAACUGGGACGAUAUCACCCAGUGAUGGCUCCAUUGGCGAUCCAGUUUCUGCUGCUGAGGAAAUUGCUUUCUGCAAAUCUUGUGCCCGGUUUGGUCUUGGCCUGUAUUUGUAUCAUGAAGAUCAAAUGUCUAAUUUUUAAGCUUCUAAAUUUUUGUUUUGGUUGGAUGUGAUAUUGUAUUGUUUCUUCUCGUUGAUGUGAAUAGAAGUAGACAAUAGGUGGCUGUUAGGUACUUUUCAUAAAGCACUGUCAAGUAUGGUGGAAAACUUGAAGCCAUAUCUUUGUUUUUAUGAGUAUCCGAUGCUUAUGUGUAUUCAAGUUUCUUUUAUUGCUCAGGUACAUUUAAGUUUUGUUUUAUGGUGGCCUAAAGCCUUCAAUUAAUAAAUGAACAAUUAUUAUUAUUAUUAUUAUUA